AUGUCUGGUCUUGAUCAGCUCUGGUGCACUCUUGUGACCGCCAACCACAUUCUUGACUACUUUUCGCUCGUGACUGGUUACGGACACAUUUCUGCUCGUAACCCAUUGACCAACACCACCUUCUUCUUCGAUCCAGUCGACNCCCCGUCGCUCAUCAACUCCAACGCUGGAUAUCUCGAAUGGAACAUCUCUAACGGAGCUCCUGUGGCUAAUCACUCAAUUUCUCUGUCGCCCAACUCUGAGAUGUGGAUUCAUCAAGCCAUCUACAAGAGAUAUUCGGGCGUGAAUAGCGUUGUCCACAGUCACUCUCGAGCGGUCCUACCAUUCGCAGAUACGAAUAUCCCUUUGGUGCCUCAGUUCAACCUUGAAGCAGUGCUUGGUAGUCAAGUCCCAGUCUUCGAUAUUGCAGAAUACUACUCUCCAAAUGGGACGCAUAAUUUCCUGGUCAACCUUCCACACUUGGGUGCAGCAUUGGCGAACAUGUUCUCUACGCCAGAGAACAACGCCACCAAACAGAGUGUUCUCCCAGAUUAUCCUGUUGUAUUGCAAAGGGCUCAUGGAUUUUCAGCUGCAGCGGUGAGCAUCGAGCACGCAGUCUGGGCUGCUUGGUCCGCACAGGACGCUGCCAACAUUGCCAGCAAUAGCUUGACAGUACUGGGUGCUUACCAAGGCGGUGCCGCAAGAUUAGCCAAGUUCAGCGCGCAAGAGCUGAGGGAUAGCAUGGCUUUGGGACAAAGUGGAGAAGUCAAGGAUUGGCGUUGGUUUGUUGACCAAGUGCAAAGAAGGGGGAAAUAUAAAAAUGAUGCUUGUUGA